GGCGCGCGGCGCGGAGCCGGGCGGUGGGAAUGGAGCGAGCAGAUUGAGGCCGCCACUGCAGCGCCGCCAGCAUGAACUUGGCCGCAAGCUGAAGCGGCGGGCGGCGGGCGGGCGUGGGGGCACCGGCCGCUAGCCAGGGGGUGAUCUUCAAUCCGGCUGGGCCAUUCGGCUGGCGCCUGGGGGAAGGCUGCCGGUGCCGGCGGCCGCCCGCCCCUCUGGCUCUGCCCUGGCUGCUGCUGGAGCUCCGCAACACGCCCUGUGUCUAGGUCGUUUGGGAAACGCCUUGGAGAGUCAAGAAUAAAAUUGCAGGUGAAACAAUGGACGACUGGAAAAGUCGGCUUGUAAUCGAGAGCAUGCUUCCCCAUUUCAACAUGGUGGGAAAUCGUCAGGAGCCCAGAAAGCUCCAGGAAUCGGGAACCAGUAAAAGAAGACAGGAAGGAGACAACUUCCACUUCUCAAGCAUGGCUGAUGGAGGCUACCCUAAUAAAAUCAAGAGACCUUGCCUUGAAGAUGUCACCCUCUCUAUGGGCUCAGGUGCCCAUCCUACUUCUCUCCCUACAGAGCUGCAGAUGCCCACAUUAACCAUGAAUCCCAGCUCUGCAGAUCUGGGGGUGGCUGGCCAGUCAUUGCUCCUUGAGAAUAAUCCUCUGGACAGUAGCGUUGUGAAUAGCAGUGCUAUGGGCUCACCAUUUGGGGUGUCUUCAACUGCAGACACAGGGCUGAAAGGACAUGCUGUUCCUUACUAUGAUAAAAACAACAGUAUGCCAGCUGUAGACCAGGAGCUUCAAGAUCUGCUGGAGGAACUUACCAAAAUUCAAGAGCCUUCUUCAAAUGACCUUGACCUUGAGAAGAUUCUGGGGAGCAAACCAGAAGAGCCUCUGGUUUUACAUCACCCCCAGGCACCCCUUGGCCCCCCUGCCAAGCUUCCAGUUCAGAUGCCACAUAUGGAAAGCCUUGGACCCAGCAAGGAGUUUGCAUCUAGCUGCAGUCAAGUUGCUGGGGCAUCAUUACCAAUCCUGCCCUCCUCCACAGGGAUCAACUAUUCCAUUCCUUCUACCAGUAAGCAGAUAGUCUCACCCAGUUCUUCAACGGCACAGGCUCAGGUCAAAAACCAUGCCCAGAACAUGCUCCCCGUCACUCUGUCUCCAUUGUCUGUCCCUCAGUGGCAUCAUGCCCACCAGCUGAAAGCUCUUGCAGCCAGCAAGCAGGGAUCUGCUACAAAACAACAAGGUUCCAACCGCAGCAGCUGGUCCAGUCUGCCUCCUCCAGGUCUCUCCCCGCCUUAUCUCCCGGUGCCAUCACCUCACCCACCACCACCACAGCCACCGCCACCACCAUUCAGCCCACAGAACUUCACAGCGUCCUGCAUGUCAUCCAAUAACUUGUCUGGCAGUGCUGUGCAAAACUCGCCCAAUGCCUUACUCUCCAGCAUGGCCCCCAGCAGCAGUGCUGCCCUUGGGCCCACAUUGCCCUACGCUCCAGCGAAGCUCCAGGGUCUGCCUCUCAAUCAGCAGCCACAAUUCAGCCCCCAGAGCUCCAUCCUUGCCAAUCUGGUGUCCUCUACUGUCAAAACCCCACAAGGACACAUGAUAUCUGCUCUGCCCACCAGCACCCCAGGGCCAUCCCCACCCUACCGCCCAGAGAAUCUCUCUAGCCCCGGCUUGCCACAGCAGUCCUUCACUCCACAAUACUCUCUGAUCAGAAGCCUCACUCCCACCAGCAAUCUGCUAAGCCAGCAGCAGCAGCAGCAGCAGCAGCAGCAGCAGCAGCAGCAGCAGCAACAGCAGCAGCAACAGCAGCAACAGCAGCAGCAACAAAAACAGCAGCAGCAGCAGCAACAACAGGCAAAUUCCAUCUUUAAGCCUAUGACCAGCAGCCAGCAACCCAAAACCCUGAGUAUGAUUAUGCAGCAGGGCCUAACAAGUUCCAGUCCAGAAGCACCUGAGCCCUUUACCUUCAGCAACACCAAGCCCUUGUCACAUUUUGUUUCUGAGCCAAGCCCCCAGAAGAUGGCCUCCAUGCCUGCCCCCUCCAGGCAACCAUCUCUGCUCCACUACCUGCCUCAGGCAACACCAGCACAUGUUCCUUCUGCCACUGCCUCCUCCACUGCCACUGCCACUUUGCAGCUCCAGCAACAGCGGCAGCAUCGGCAGCAGCAGCAGCAGCAGCAGCAGCAGCAGCAGCAACAACAACCUGAUCAGUCUUCAUUCCUUCUGCAGCAGAUAAUGCAGCAACCCCAGCGCUUUCAGCGCAUGGUGGCCUCUGAUUCCAUGCCUGCUCUGCCUGGACAGGGCUGUUGCCAUCGCUGUGCGUGGACUACUGCGGCUCUCUGGCUGGAGCACCAGCAUCAGCAGUGGAACUCUCUCACUAGCACUCAUGGACAUGUGCCACCAUCUACCCUUACUCAUGUAGACAAAGCCUGCAAGCUUGGGGAAGCCAGGCCUCCCCAGGUCAGCCUCGGGCGACAGCCCCCAUCGCGCCAGGCCCUGGGGAGUGAGUCCUUCCUGCCCGGCAGCUCCUUUGCUCAUGAGCUGGCCCGAGUCACCUCCUCGUACAACACCUCAGAGGCAGCCCCCUGGGGCAGCUGGGAUCCGAAGGCCUGGAGGCAGGUGCCUGCUCCACUACUGCCUAGCUGCGAUGCUGCAGCAAGAGAAGCAGAGAUCAGGUCUUAUGGCAAUGACCCCUAAACAGCGGAAUGCGUAUGUCGCCCAGCAGAUGACUCAAUUUCAAGCAGUACAAGAACAAGUCAUCUCCAAGUGUAGGCAGACCAAGAUGAGACCCCCAUCUAACCAGCAUAUGAUGCCACCCAAAACUGAGCUCCUUCAGGACAAUCUGGUUCCAAGAAUAUUACCACCCACAAGUCACAUGG